AUGGAUUACUUGAAGGAACACAAUGUACCGAAGUCAUAUCGUGACGUCAUUCUCAAAUGGAAUGGUUGGGGCUAUGCUGACUCCUAUUUCAAAUUAACCCCGUCUGGACAUAUUACUAUGACUGGAGAUAAAUAUGAUAUGUCCGGACAAGUGAUGCCGUAUCUCCGGCCAUGGUUCCAGGAGAACCUUGGUGUAGAUAUCGACUACAUAACACCAAGUCAAAAACUCACCGACAUCAAAAUCCCGCAACCAGUUGAAAAUGAUGAGAUUUACGAGGAACUGCAGAAAGCGAACAUCUCAUUCUCAAACGCACCACGAAUGCGACUUAUGCGAGCUCAUGGACAUACGGUGCAUGAUAUUGUCCAUCUUAGACAUGGAAAAUUCCCACGAAUACCGGAUAUUGUUGUAUGGCCACGGAGCGAACAAGAUGUGCUUAAGAUUAUUGAAAUUGCUAUGAGCACUAAUUGUGCGAUCAUUCCGAUUGGAGGCGGUACAUCGGUGUCGCAAGCAUUGGAAUGUCCAGACUACGAGAAGCGUCCGGUGCUUUCUUUGGAUAUGGCCUUGAUGGAUAGAAUCAUCUGGAUCGAUCGGGAGAAUCUGACAUGUAGAGCACAGGCCGGUAUCGUUGGCCAAUCGCUCGAGCGUCAGCUUAACGAUAAGGGCUACACUUGUGGACAUGAGCCAGACUCAAUCGAAUUCUCAACUCUAGGAGGUUGGGUAUCGACAAGAGCUAGUGGAAUGAAGAAGAAUAAAUAUGGUAACAUUGAGGAUCUCCUCGUGCAUGUUAAUUUUGCCACUGCGAAAGGAAUGAUUCAUAAGCAGUGUCAGGUUCCACGUAUCUCUAGCGGUCCCGAUCUUCAUCACGUAAUUUUAGGAUCUGAAGGAACAUUGGGAGUUGUUACCGAGGUCACAAUAAAAAUCUUCCCAUUACCAGAAGUGAAGCGUCAUGGUAGUCUUGUGUUUCCCGACUUUACACAUGGUGUGGAAUUUCUCAGAGAAGUUGCCAGACAGAGAAUCCAGCCAGCUUCUCUUAGACUCGUGGACAACGAACAAUUUAUCAUGGGACAAGCCUUAAAACUAGAAUCGAAGUCGUUUUGGGCUUCACUUAAAAGUUCAAUGAGUAAGAUGUACGUCACAAAAUGGAAAGGUUUUCAUGUCGAUGAGAUGUGUGCAGCAACUUGCGUGUUCGAAGGAACAGCUGAUGAGGUGAACAAUGACGAACGACGACUCUACGCACUCGCCGAGCGCUACAGAGGCGUUGUGGGAGGCGAAGAGAAUGGCAAAUACGGAUAUCGAUUAACUUUUGCGAUUGCUUAUUUGAGAGAUCUCGGUAUGGACUACGGUGUGCUAGGUGAAUCUUUCGAAACGUCCGUACCAUGGGAUAAGGUAUUGAAUCUAUGCCGUAACGUAAAAGAAUUGAUCAAACGGCAAGCUAAAACCUUGGGUGUGCAGUAUCCAGUGCUGUCGAGUUGUCGAGUAACUCAAAUCUAUGAUGCCGGUGCUUGCGUUUACUUCUACUUUGGAUUCAACGGUCGUGGUCUUGAUAACGCCUUGGAGGUGUAUGACAAAAUUGAAACGGCUGCACGUGACGAGAUCAUUGCAUGCGGCGGUAGCAUUUCUCACCAUCAUGGUGUUGGAAAACUUCGAAAACAAUGGAUGCUCACCUCACAAGGUGCCGUAGGUGUAUCAUUGCUGAAAGCGAUAAAGGCUGAACUCGACCCAGCCAAUAUAUUCGCAAACGCCAAUUUAAUCGAUAUGAUAGGAUCACCACAUAGUAAACUUUAG